UUUCUAGAGCCACUCCACUAGGCACUAGGCAGUAGGCGCGGAUAGAAUAGACGAACAGACCAGGUCCUUCCUUGACAGAAAAUUUGGAGAAGGUUAGCGACGUAAUUUCACGAACUUGGAGCACAAUUUCCAAAGUCAAAGUGUAGCCGAACGUGUAGCGCGUCACACCCACGGAGAACUGUGUUUCGCUGUACAAAGAAUCAACGUGAAAUUAAUCCUACGGUAGUCGGUGUUGCAUUUGAACGAAGUCGACAAGAAACUCUUGCCUUUUUCAUGUCACGUGAUGGCUUCUAUUUAAAAUGCCUUAAUGAAUUGCUUCCCCCCCCCCCCCUCAAUGACACUGACAAAUCGGCGUCUCAAGGUUACCGAUACUGUCGAACAGCGUUGAAUGGGACACCAGUGGAGCAUUGAACAACAAAAUAGCUGGCCAGCAAGCAAGUUCAUCUCGCCAACCCUUUUUGGAGUGGCUAGCGCGUAAAACCCGAGAUGGAAGUCAAGUGUAGACUUUUAGAAAUCCCGGGAAAAGCUACUAUCCUUGUUGGUCGCCAUCGCAUAGAAAUCGACCCUCGAGUCAUUUAUAGAACUAACGCCGAUGCUUUGCGUGCAUUUUUGGAGAAACAAUGCGCCGGAUUUACGUCGAACCAACCCAACGGCGACUUGACAGUAGAUGAGUCGCUCAUUCUGAGUCUCGUCCAGCAUUAUACUUCUUGUUAUUGGCUCAAGAGCCUGGACUAUGCGUCACUAUCCGUUAUCAGCGGGCUCGAUUGGCUUGACGAAUCAACUUGGAACAAGUUUCGAGCAACACUUGAUUUGUCAGACAUCAUUACCACCAGUCACGUAGGCGAGUUAUGGGGAAAAUUUCAUCGCCUUUGGGUUCAGCAACCCUCGAAAACUUCUGAUAUUCAAAUCAUCUGCUUCGGUUUUGAUGAAGGCUCCAGCGCCCUCAAGUUAUCGCUGCCAUCAUCUCAUCCAUCCACAACGCAUCACUAUCACCUGUUGUAUGACAAGAAGAAAAAAUGCUUCGACGCGAUAGCUUGUCUGUCAGAGUUUUAUCAAGACACGGCUUCCUAUUGGGAACAUUUGGUGCUGCGUGCCGAAAAUUGUUUCGAUCAAUUUUUCAAAAAAAAAUUUGCCGAUUUAUCCGACGAGGCGCUGGGAAUCCGAUUCGAUCAACUGAACGAUGAAGUCAAGUUAAUCGAGAACACAUUUGAUUCUUUCAAGCAACAGUUUAGAAAAUGGGAAAUCGGCGACGAAUUCCACCACAUCGUUUUAGACAUGGAAAAUUGCAUCCUGUCACCGGACCAGAAUUCUAAAGAUUCCGCCUCGGCGUGCUGUGAGCAAUUGUGGCAAGUGACGGCGCGUUGUUUGGUUCGGCAAAUCGAACAGGCCUUUAUUGAUCAAAAGAGGAAGAUUGAAAUGAAUCGGCGAGAAACCAACGAAGAAAUCGACAAAAUUCUAGAGAAUGUUGAACGUCUAAACUCGGAGAUUGCCAAAUCUCGUCAACGCAUCCACCAAAUCGACAGACGCGCCGCUGAAGAACUCAAACUGUUGGAAAAAUUAGCUUGGAAUCAAUUGCUGCUCGAUCUGGCCAAUCCCGCCUUUGUUCCCGACUACAAUUUGGCUUGCCAGCGUAGAAAUCACGAAAUUUACAGAGAAAGGAAUGCUUCUUUGUUGGCUGUCAAGGUUUUCGAUCUGAUACAUCCUCAGUCGACUGCCAAUCGAGAGAAGCGAACCAUGUUACAGAAUUACUUGAAUAGCCAGUCGAAUAAGAAUGAAGUGAUGCAAAAGCUGCUCUCGGCUUUGGACAAAUUUAUAGGACGAGAAGUCAGUAAUGGAAUUACACGCAAUCAUGUCUUAACCAUUGACGGAGAAGCGAGUGUCGUGCUGAAGAAAAUUGCAUCAUCAGUAAAACUCGGUGGUUGCAGAGAAAUUGUCAUCAAAGCGGAACGGGUUAUCUAUUUGGAUUGCGACUGGAAAGUGCCCGGCAUUAGCGUGACCCUCACAGCUCCGCUUAUUCACGUCUGUUCACCUGGCGUAGUAGGGAAGUGCUGGACCAUAGACACGUCGGGUCGCAACGGUAAAGAGCACGAGCAUCUGAAAGCGGACGACGGAAAUGGAGCGGGCGGGAGUGGAAACCAUGGACUAGCGGGCCAAGAUGGUGAGGACGCCGGCAACGUCAACAUUUGCUGUCAAGAUUUCAAAGGCUUUUUGAAGAUUGUGGCUCGGGGUGGAAAAGGAGCCGACGGCCAGGACGGCGGCGACGGCAAACCCGGUUCUAAAGGGUACGACGGGCGUGAUGGGGUGACUCCCAGGGAUCGAGAAGAAGGAUAUAGUUGGUACGCAUUUGGUGAUUCAAUACGUGGUAUCACAAAUAUGGUGUACAGUGACAGUGGAUGGCCCGGAAAAGCGGGUGGUGAUGGUGGAUCUGGCGGAAACGGUGGCAAGGGUGGACAAGGUGGGAUCGGCGGACAGGUGAAAUUUGUUUCGUCCCAUCAUCGAUCGACCAAUUCAUCUCAAUUCAUUCAACAAGAUUGCACCAGUGGAAAAGACGGUAAGGAUGGCCAACCGGGCCACGGCGCUGCGGGAGGAUCGGGCGGCAAAGACGGGCAAGACGCGUUUUUGUAUUUCGAGCCAAACGACACAUGGCCAAUCUUUUUUAAUACGGGAUAUUGGCGAAGUCACAUGGGUUCCAUAACCCAUCUGAAACCGGUCAGGUUUGCGGGGCGGGGGGUGAUUGUAGGACACGAGAUUCCUACUAGUUCUUCAAGAAGGCAUCAAGCUAGGGAAGGCAAACGCGGCACUGAAGGCAAAAAAGCCGCAUGUCAUCAGCAACAGAGACAACGCUCUUCUAAUGCAGCUGCUGAUCAAACCACUUCACAAUUUCACAGUCAUCAUCAAACAGGAAGCGACGAAUACGAACGUGAAAGAAAAAGACAAUCGGAGGCGAGACGUCACGGCGAGCGGGAGAAAGCAAAUGAAAGGGAAUCUAUCAACCGAAUGUCGAGAGAGGUGAUCGGAGAGCAGAAUGCCGUUUCACGUCACGAAGGAGCGCUGGCCGCCGAUCGCAAACGACUUGAGCGGAUGGACGAAAUCCGCCAGCGCGUUCAAGCCAAAAUUCAAGAAACAUUUGAGCAGCGCAUCGCUCAUCAGUCAGUUGUCGGCCAAAGAAUAACGAGGCAGUUGAAACUGAAUUUUGAAGACGAAAACCUUCUGGGCCUUCCUGCUUCCAGGAUCCCAACUAAUUUUGCGAGCGACGUGCGAUCCGGCCGUUCGGUAUACGGAGAAUCGACAGCGGCAUUGCGUUGCUCGGCUCAAGUCGAUGCAUUGGUCAUGUCCCUUAUGAUGAGCAAAGGAGACGACAGUAAUUUACUGACGCUGAAAAUACCUCAGGCAAUUCAAUCGCUGGUCCUCAAAUUAAAGUUCGAUGAACACGAAAAGGAAUGGGAGUCCAUUGAGAAAAUUGUCAGCAAAGUUUCGAGCCAUACGCAAAAAUUGGCCGAUUCUUUGGAGUUUAUUGCAUCGCAUCUUCCGUUGAUUAUUUCACUUUCCGACCAGUCGCCGGCUAGUUGUAAUUUGAUCGAAAUUCUACUCGCAUUUCUGGCGUCAACUGGCCAUCACGAAGCUGCAGAGAAGAACACCAUUUGGAUUUUGCACGAAUUCCACCAGCGCCCCAUCCCAGUUCAACAAGUCAUCGUCUUACUUGGUUGCAUAUCGGACCGGACCCAGCAAAGUCAAAUUUUACUGGGCCUCUUUUUGGACAAGUGGAUCCUUAACAACAUAACUAAAAAAAUUUUUGGAGCUAUUGGUAAUCAAGAACUCCGUCAACCAAGGGCCAGUCUCUUCACCGAAGUUUGGCUGCAAUGCUCGCCGGUGUCUAAAUGGAUCAAAUCUGCUGCACCUUCAUCGGACGCCGAAAAUGAGUGGUUGAAGCAUGUCGAUCAAUUCGUGAGCAAGCUUUCGAAAGCUUUGGGUCAUGAGAAUAGCAUCGCCGCGGUCGACAAGUUGUUGCUGCCCUUUGCUCGGGAUCGGCUCGGUAUAGCCCAGGACAUAUCUGAGAUUGACGUCAAAAAGAGAUGGCAACUGGUUUUCAUCAUCGAUCACAUGUCGCCGGAAGUCGACGAGAUGGACGCGAUCGGUCGGUGGGCGCGCAAAAAUUGCGAUCGCCACUUGAUGGCGCUUGUCGAACGGGCAUUCAGCGAAAGAUUCUUAGCACCGAUUUGGUUGCAAAUGCAGUCGCUUUUCAGUGAAAAAUGGACCAAAGAUGGGAAAGUAAACGAGGAUGUUGGAGAGGCGAUACGUCGACUGAAAACGGCUAUCCAAUCUUCAUUCACCAGUUUAUCUUUUAAGGAACGACUGCAGUUGGGACGCGCUUUGAAGGAAAAACUGGAUGGUGCCGAGAAACCACUAUCGGAAAAAGUUGAAGUGUCAACUGCGGAGUUGUUUGUAUCGAGAAAAACUGAUGCUCGCCAAGAAGUGGAAAUCAUUUGUUCCUUGCUGGCUGAUUCAAAGAAAUUUGAAAAGAAGAACUUGAUCCUGGAAUUGCACUUUCGCCUGAGUCAUCUUUCUGCAUCGUUCGAACCGAGUCAAAUCGAGGAAGUGGCCGGUAUUUUGUUCAACAAGUCGGCCAAUCCCAUCACCGACCAUUUCAACAGUUACCAUUGGCACUGCUUCCGGUCGACGUUCCUUGAAAAAUGGAGUAACUAUUUCUUCUUGCGUUGGAGUAAAUGCAAUGAACAGACAGAAAAUCUUCGUAACGUGAUCGCCGGCAGAAAUCCCGAGGACGACGAUCGAAGUUUGAACUCUUUGGAGUUGGCUCUUGAACGAUAUUUGCUUUUCACAACUGGUCUGCCACCGUUCGAGGCCGUCCAAAAAUGGCUUCAACUCCAGAAACAGUCUUCACCCAAAGAUCGCUUCGAAUUCAUUGCAAACGAUCUCAAACAAGCGGUCAAAGCGAUAGCAUCGACAAUUACUCCAAUAAUAAACCAACUCUAUUCCAAUGAAUUAUUGGUCAUAACAAAAAAUGAAAAAUAUGUCGGAAAAGACAUCGUCGCCUUGACGGAUGUUUUGUUUGAAUUAAUUUCGGGAGCGACAGUUCCAUUUUUUGAUGACGCGGAAUCAGUUCGAUCGCUACUCGUCGUGAUCGAGGCAGCUCAAUUGAUGAUGGACUUGAUUACUGACGACGCCAAAAAUACCAGCAGCCAGCUGAUAUCGUCAGCUAAGCUCGGAGAAUGGAAGAAGAAAUUAGUCCAAUGGAAAGUCCUGGAUAGCGAAGCGCAAUCUAUGGUACAUUUUGCUGUCAAAGAAUUAGUCAAAACCGCCGAAUCAAAGUCGUCAAGUGAGGACGACUGCAGCAGAGAAAUCUACGAUCGGAUGGCCGCUCGUCGUCGAAACAUGUUACACGCGUUCAAUCAAGCCCUUUCCUGGUUGGAGAUGUUUGUUGGUUAUUUGGCUGAUUCUAGGUUCGGUAUCGACACGCUCACGGUUAUCAAAGCGACUAUUGCAUCUAGCCAAUUUCUCAGUUGGAACGGAUUGAAAAACGAAAAAACAUCCCUACUCCGAGCAGCAAUUGACAUUUUCGUGGCGUGUACUUCAAUCCCAAAUCAGUCCGAAAUCAGUUGGAGCUCGUUUUUUGACGCUAUUUUGAACCUUAACAUCAGUCAGAAGCCAAUUGGAUUGAUUAUGACAUUGGCGAAUUUCGUCGGUGGACAGCUGAGCAGCGACCGAAAACGAGCAACUUGGGCUAUGGCUAGACGUUGGGUCCUUCGACUUUAUGAUUUGAUUAAUCACACGAGAAGGAUGCAUGAUACAUCUCAUGGUGAAGAUGGACAAAAUAUUAACCACUGGAAAGAAAUUAUGGGAAUCCAGCAAGUGUUGGUCGAUUAUUGCACCGCCUGCUACGAGAAUAAGUUGCUGGCCGAUCCAAAAAAAGGUCCAAACAAGAAGGUGGACUUGAACCUUGUUUGCUUCACAUUUAAAAACUUCGUUGAUCGCUGGACUAAUAUUGUCCGAUUUGUGCGACCAAAUAAGAAAACUGCCAGCAGUCGAGUGGAGAGCGAAACCGAAUUUAUGAUAGAUCAACUGGAAACCCGGCAACUUGUCCUAAAGGGAUUGAUUCGACUAGGCCAAUCCGAUUCCUUGUAUUGGGAUGAAAAAACUGUCAACCAUUUUCUAAGUGGUUUCUUGAUUCCAGAACUCGAUCCGUCACCCGGCAAAAUUUCCUUCCUGUCGGAAAUGUUGAGCGGAAGUCGAAAGGCUUUCGUUGAACGAUGUGUCGCUCUGGAAAGUUGCUGGGAGCCGGGACGCAUUCGUCUUUUGGAGGAGGCGCUUCGGGAUAAGAAUGGCAGCCUCAAUGACGCCCAGUUAUUUUUUUCCAUCACCGAUUACGACAUUUUCAACGACGAAGAAAAAUUGUACAUCGAUCUGAUCGACGAUUGUCCCUCAGUAGAGAGCGCGCUGUUGGUUGACGACCAACACCCGUCGUGUUUCUUGGGUGCGCUACAAAAAUUGGCCAUCGAACGAUUCCGAGCGGAGUUUGUACGCUGUUUCGAGCCGUCCAUUACCAUCUGGGACAUUGAACGCUUUUCGAUGCCCAACCAGCAGAUUGGCGCUCCAUAUAGCCAGGAAGCUUUAGCGGACAAGCAGCACAUCAUCCAACUUUGCCGCUCAUUUAAUCGGCUGAUCCGCACAAAGAAAGAACAAGGCGACGAAGUGCGUGAUUGGCUCCUUUGGUUUCGUGACGUCGUUAUUCCUUCCCUUAAAUCGUACGAGGCGCACCAAGGACUCUCCGUCCACCAGAUAAUCAAAUUGUUUGAAGAGGUUGGAGAAUUUUCGCUCGACUUGUGUCGAUCCGCCACGACCGGUUGCCGACCUCACCAGUGGAUCGAUAUGCUCGCCAUUUUCGCCAUUCAGAAUUUACUCGAUCAACUCAACGAAAAGUGCCGUGAAGAUGAAGUUGAUGUUAAGAGUUCCGACGUCGUCCAACAACUUGUACAAUGGUGGCCAUCGUCCGGAGCGCCAGGAUCUUUCUUGCAUACCUUCUAUCAUAAGAUUCGACAGGAAAUGGCGGGUGAUCCGAUUCGACUGAUGAAACUCGUCCAAGAGGUGACCAACAAGUUGACGGCACUCAAGCUUCAAUUUCACGAAGACGUAAUAUUGGCCAGUUUCUCCAAUGCUUCUUUGAUCGAUUGGGCGUCGGUGAUGCGUUACGCCCAGCUGGCCGUUGAUUGGACGCCCGACCUUGCCCGUCGCUUGGUGUCUAUACUCGACGUCCAAUUCGGGCAGCAAAGAAGCGACCACUUUCUUCGUUUGGUCAUUCACCGCCACCCGGAACUAAAAGAUAAGUCGGGCGACACCGCUCAUUUAAAAAACAUUCUGCAGAAUUUGUCUCGGUACCCCUGGAUUCAAGAUCGUUGGAUUGCCUUGAUCGACAAAAGUUUGAUGAAAAAGUUAAUGGUGGUGGGAGAUUCGUAUUGGAAUUCGCUGUCCGAUGCGAAUAUCAUCGAAAAAGACAUGAGAAAAUUGAGUCAAGUCGAUUUGAGUGUCGAGGACAUUUUUUCCAUCAUGACUCGAGAUCCUGAGUCGAGCAAAGUGAUCGGAAAUUGCAGCGAAAUGGUUGAACGCAUCAGACGCAUCCGGAUUAGAGAAUUUGAAACUAAAUUCGACGUCAGAAAAUGGAGUAAUGAAAUAAAGAAGCUGAGCAGCAAAUCAUUGCAGGUGGACGAUUUUCUGGCAGUUGCUUGUCGAGUCGUCCACGAUAAAAAGGGCUACUUGCCGAGGGACGUUCAACUUAUUGCAGUCGCCGCGUUCGUCUCUUCCGAUGAUAACCGUCAAGCCGGACAUAUGAUUCGACGUAUGGGACAAAUUUCAACUGGCGAAGGAAAAACGCUCAUCUCUGCUCUGUUGGCCAUUUACCAUGCCUUGCGCUACUGGAACGAGGAUCGACACGUGAACAUCAUCACGAGUUCUUCCGUGCUGGCCGAAGCCAACAUCGCCGAAAUCAGAUGGCUCUUCCAGGCGUUUGGCGUGAGCGUGAGUAACAAUUGUGACCAGCAAUGUUCGAACGACGAGGAUAUCAGACGUAAUCGGUACAACAACGACGUCAUCUACGGCGACCUGGGCAGUUUCAUGCGUGACAUUCUACUCAUGCGCUUCUUCGAGGACAAGAACGUGACCCGCAACCGCAACCCGGGAGCCAUUAUCGUCGACGAGGUGGAUUCGAUGACUCUCGACAAAGGUGAAAACAUCCUGUACAUGUCGCACAACAUUCCCGAAAUGUACGAUCUCAUGCGGUUGUUUGUCGAAAUCUGGACGAUGGUCAACGCCCCCGACGUCGUUCGUUUGGCCGAAUCGAGUGACAUCGUCGAUGAAGUUCACCAGUUGAUCGAGCCGAUGAUUCCAACUUGCGUUCCCAAUUGUUUGAAGCAAUUUGCCGAACGGCACCUGUCGACGUGGAUCAAGAGCGCGUUCCGGGCUUGUUACCUACUCAAACCCAACGACGCCUACAAGGUGGACGAUUGCGGCGACGGACAAGGCAGACGGAUCGUCAUCAUGGACAAAGAGACGGGAGUGGAGCAAGUGCAAACGGAGUGGUCGGACGGUUUGCAACAAUUUUUGCAGUUGAAACACGGCCUGAAAUGGACGCCCAUCUCGUUGAAGGCCAUUUUCAUGUCCAACAUUGGCUACUUUAGCGAAUUUAAGGGCCGCAUGUACGGACUGACGGGCACACUUGGUUCCGCGGCCGAGUGUGACCUUCUGGGCCAAGUGUUUGGCGUCGAUUUUUUCCGCUUGCCGCGAUUCAGGCCGCGCUUUUGCCUUCAACACGAGCCGAUCAUUGCUCACGAUCGACAAAAUUGGCUCAAUGGAAUGCAAAAGAAAGUCGUCAGCGUUGCUUCGAACCAGCAGCGGGCCGUUCUUGUCGUUUGCGAGAACAUUGAAUUAGCCAACUCGAUUUACGACCGUCUUAAAGCAGACGCUUCAAUUCAAGUCGUCAAAUACGUCAGCUCAUUCGACGAGGCCUUCAAGGAGAAACAACACCAAGAAGUUCUUCCAGGUCAGGUGAUCAUUGCCACAAACUUGGCCGGCCGUGGAACAGAUUUAAAACCCAGUAAAGAGCUCCUCAACAACGGCGGUCUUCACGUGAUUAUCGGGUUUCUACCGCCCAACUCCCGCGUCGAAGCUCAAGCCGAAGGACGAACGGCCCGCUCUGGCCAACCUGGAAGUUACCAAUUUGUCAUCGAAAAUACGGAUGAGGAAAAUCGAAAAUCCCACCUAAGUGGCGAUCCUUACGGCCGGAUACUUCAGUUGAAAUCAAAGCGCGACGAAGACGAACGGCUCCGAUUGGACAACAUCCGACGAGAAGCUCUGCCAAAGAUCCAACUGGAAGAGAAACUUUUCCACGAAUACCACGAAAUGCGUCCGCCCCUUGAACCAAAGAUCUCUCGAAUCAUUUCAGUCAUUCAGCACAGCUUCCAACUUGGAGCAUUUACAGCAAAAUUUCAAAACGAUUAUGAGAAAUUGUUUCAACAAUCGCUGGGCGCUUUGGCUCGACGAAAAUACCGUCUCCAUCGAGAAAGCCCAUCGCGAUCCGGUACUCACCGACAGACUGAGCGAUAGUUUCGAUCGUCUGACAAUGUCCAUCCAAUCAUCGGACGUCGAGUCUAUCAUGUCCAGUCCGAGCGAAUGGACUAUGCUCGCCCGUUGCUACGAGGAAU